CGUGCAUCCUCAUAGUCUUUCACAACACGUCUGCCACAAUUUGCGUAAGGUACCUUACCUGCCAUUUGUCGGACCACAAAUACAUGCUCGUGGCUAUGCGCAGAGAACCCUUCUCCAGAAUCGGGAGUUGAUGGCAUAUGGUCGUCCGACGUGUCCGAUAUACUCCGUAUAAAGACAGCGCAAAGAUUAAUUUCAAACGUUUAGUCAGUGUUUGUCUCAUCACUCCGCACAAAACGGGCAUGUGCGAAAUAGGCGAAAAGGUGUAAAUUAAUUCUAACGCAUUACUAUUGCAUGUACACUCAUUGAUCUCCCAAAUUUUUUACGCUGAAUAGGAAAGUAUCUUUAUUGUUUGUCGAUCUACGUACGCAAAUCACUUACAAUAUGACAGUGAAAUAGUUUGCCGGGGUAAUUGUCUUUUGCCCUUCGGUGCUCCUGGGACAUCCUGACCUAUUGCAAAAACAAAAAAAAAAACGUGUAACGGCGCUUGAAACCAAUUCUUAGUUCUAACCGGCACAGGCAUACUGUUCCUCGUCUCGCAGGCACAACUCAAAAUGUCAAAAUAAUAAGGGAUUCCAUGGACCAUAUCGAGACGUCGACGUGUCUACGCUUUGUUAAUCGAGACCACCAGACAGACUACGUCCGCCUAAUAUACAGCAAAGGAACCUAUGCCUCCAAUGACUCCGUGCCGUCCUUGCCGUCACCACCUACCUGUCUGGAGAUGUUGUGCACCUCGCACAGGUGCUUCUCGCACCUUGGCCGCAGUGGCGGUCCGCAACCGUUGUCCUUGGGCCGCGGCUGCCUCGACCACGGCACAGUGACGCACGAGCUGCUGCACGCGGUGGGCUUCUUUCAUGAGCACUCGCGCCCCGACAGGGACAACUACAUCGACAUCUUCCCAGAAAAUAUUAUAGAAGAGUUCCUGCCAAUGUUCCGGAAGGUGAAGCCUAGUCAGAUCCGCUUGCUGACAGAAUUCGACUACGACUCGAUUAUGCUCUAUGGCUCGGAUUCAUUUUCCAAUGAUCCCGGUCUCCCCUCCAUGCUGGCAAAGAAUGGCACUUGGCUCACGGAUGUAUACGAGAAAACCGGGCUAAGCAGGCUGGAUGUUAUACGCAUAAACACCCUGUACAAUUGUACAUAGAGGUGUCUGAAUCUUGUGCCGUGAUGUCAUUUACCAAAUAGUAUAUCUCGUCAAAGAAUUGGCACGAACAUGCCUUUAAAAAGGCGCCACACCAAGUGAACAACGGGAACAUGUAUGAGAAGGAAGUGGCUAUCGGUAGGCAAAACUGCGGUACCUGUGGGCCGCACUCCACGGUCGACACCUUAACGAUAAGAGGCGCUACCCAACAGUGAGAAUACAGGGCGAUUGAGUGUUUUACUACGGCACGAACACGUCCUUGAAGAAUAAAUAUUUUUGACUAGUCGG